AUGCCAGUAGUAAUCUGCCUUAUUUUGGGUGGUAUGGCCACAGCAAUGACGACAUCAGAUGAUUUCAUGGGAAAAGUUACAAAUUUAAUUUAUAGUUUUAUAAUUUAUGCAGUUUGCUACAUCCUUUGCUUUUGCAUAUUCAGUACGUUGACUGCAUAUGCAGGUCCAUACUUUAUAUCUGAUAUAAGAAAGCAUUUCUUCAGAAAAUUAAUGGAAUUAGAUAUUUCUUUUUACGAAAAAAACGAAUCAGGCGUUCUUCUUGGAAGAUUCACAAAUGAUUGCACAACAAUGCAUGAUGUUUAUAUUAGUCAGUUUCUGAUAUCCAUACAAUGCCUUGCACAAGCUGUUGCUGGUGUUAUUUUAAGCUUCAUUAUAUCUUGGAGAGUUACGCUUGCUGUAUUCAUUGCAUAUCCGCUUUGCGGUAUUGUGUUCGUUUACAGCCAAAAGAAACUUGGUGCUAUUUUUGGUUUAUUGGGCCAAAGCGAAUCAAAUUCGAUGCAAAAGGCAGAAGAAGUUAUCACAUCAUUUAGAACAGUGAAGUCCUUUGACAAUGAACUUUAUGAGUGUGACCAAUAUAAAGAAGCAUUAGAUUCAAUUAAUAAUUGCACCCAUAAGGGAUCUAAUAUUCAAUUUGCUAAUGAAUUUGUCAAUCAUAUAAUUCUUCAAGGAAUGGUUAUUGGAUUCAUGUAUUUUUCAUCAUGGAUUAUAAUAAAUCGACCAAAUUGGGGACUGGAGAAUGGCGAUUUGAUGGUAUUGAUAUUAAGUCUCUUCUUUGCUUCAUUAGCCGCAUCUAUUUCGCUCGGUUUGCGUGGAGGUUUUGUGUUCUUGAAAUAUUAG